CGGUUGGCCGGCCACGGCCACGGUCACUCCGCCACUGGGAGCUGCGCCGGGUUGAGAGAGUGACUCGAGGGUUUGGCCUGGGGACUGAAGAGAAGUUUUCUGAGGCGGGCCAUACCCGGCUUGAGGGGAGAGACGCAGAGGAAAGGGUCCCUGAGGCGUGGGCCCUGGGAGGAGGCGCCAAAAGUUGUUUGGACUCGCCCAUGACUACAAGGCUCAGACUCCAAGGCCAAGCGAGCACUACACCUGCUAGCACCACAGAAAAAAGUCACCUCCAGCCUUCUGCUUUUGAGAAUAACAAGAGUGCAGAUGUCAUCGCUGAAGCUCUAAAGAUUCAGGAAUCUGAGGAGAAAGUAAAGUAUCUACAAAAGGCUAAAAAGAGAGAUGAGAUUCUUCAACUUUUAAGAAAACAAAGAGAAGAAAGGAUCUUGAAAGAAUUUAUUUCCCUUCCUUAUAAACGUAUGGACAAAGUACACAACAAAAAGCAAGUGUUAUCAGAGUCAGAGAAAAAGGACCAAGAAGAAGUCAAAGCCUUGGACUGAUUUGACUGACUCAUGGUAGAGGAUGGCUUACAUACAUCUUCAGCUUACAUCAAGAUCAAAGUUAAAACAAAGAAAUAAAAGAUUUACAAGUUUCUGGGAAUUUUACUGGUUAUUGAACAUGUUUUAAAAUAGAUUGAAAAAUAAAGGUUUUUUAUAUGCAGUC